UGCUGCUCGACAUGGCGCAGGAAAGGCUCAGAAGCUGGACAGAGGUCGACACGACUUGGUCGACCUUGUCGCGAUCGAUUGUCGACUGUCGGCUCGCUGCUCUCGAUUGUGACCGGCUCAGCAUGGAUCUGAACGUCAGAGACACCGUCAUCUUCUUCGGCGUCGUCGGCGUCGCACUCUCCAUAGCCAAAGGCAUCUCAGGACCUCCUCAUUUCCGCGACAGGCUUGCCGUCAUCCCCGAAGCUGUGAGCGGACUAGACAAUGCGUUCUAUGACAAUCACGACUGGGACACGCCGGAGCAUCCCCUGCUCAAACUCAAUGCAGCCAGACUGCCUUACUUUGCUCAAAAGCUAGAGCGACAUCUUGCCACAGAUCAGCCAGCCAAGAUCCUCGACGUAGGCUGUGGUGGCGGAAUCCUCACCGAAGCGCUUGCACGUCACAAAUCACCGUCAUGGCACUUUACAGGUGUAGAUAUCAGUGCACAAUCUAUAGAUGCAGCGAAGAAGCAUGCAAGCAAGGAAGACGUCGCCAAUGUCGACUAUCGCGUCAGUUCGGCUUUCACACUGCCUUUCGAGGACGCGAGCUUCGAUGCCGUCAUCUCGUCCGACGUCAUCGAGCAUAUUCAUGAUCUGCGAAAGUACGCAUCUGAGGUCACUCGAGUGCUUCGACCGGGCGGGAUCUUCGUUUUCGACACGAUCAAUCGAACGUGGCAAGCCCAUCUGUUCGCCAUCGUACUCGCGCAACAGAUCUUGCGAAUCAUACCGCCCAAUGCACACAGCUCGGCCAUGUUCGUCAAACCAGACGAGAUACGCUAUCUGCUCGGAUCUCACCAGCUAGACGUUGCUCCCGAAUCAGAACGAGUGGGAAUGUAUCCCACCCUUCGUCCCGGUAGAUUCCUAGAAACUCUAUACGGUUCCAUGCGAAAGAGAGGGGUGCAACAGACUGCAGUGGCAUACUACAAUGGCGAUAUCUCGCCCGUACUGAUCGGACCAUUCAAGCAAACAGAGAGUUACAAGGAGGAAUCGUAUGCGUGGUAUGCUGUCAAACGAGCCUGAGAAUGCACGCGCUUGCUAGACUUGGGCGCCCCAUCUCUGGAGCUCCGAUCGAAGUUUGCUCACUCGUUUGACGGUCUCUUUAGGGUCUGAGGAUUGAAGUUUGGCCAGAUCUGUCCAGAGACCGAGCGCCAGCCUCGGAUCGAUGCCCGAGUUGGAUAAUAUCCUGAGAGAGACGGCAUCCGCUUCCACUUCUCGAUGAAACGAAGCACAUCGUUCGCAGACUUCAGAGAUCAUACACUCUCGGACGGCAGACCGAUCGGAUUCUGAUCUUGCAGCAUUGACUCC